AAGAAAUGCUCUUAGUCUGCCUUAAGAGGCAUAAGAGUGCAGAAGCCCGAGUGCAUCUGAUCUGAAGGAACCCAACCCAUGUGUUUAGGGGCUAAGGAUAGCAGUAAUGGCUGUGUGUGCACAGCCCCUUCCACAGUUGAAAUGGGCUUGUUGACACGUCUCUCAUUAUGAUACAAAAGAUAAUGGGGAGAUACAAAGGCAGUGAAACCAAGACCAUCUGUUGACAGAGAAGCUGCAGUUAGCAGUUACCAGGAGGAGAAAUGGGAUGUGGCGUAUCAAAAUCAAGUGAAUUCUACAGUAAAAAAGAUGGAAAAGAUGUGCCAUUGAUUGUGGUCCCAGCGGCCACAACUAUGAGAGCUGCCGUCCUGAUCCAGCGCUGGUAUAGGCGCUAUGUGGCACGCAAGGAGAUGCGGCGGCGAUACACAUGGAAUAUUUUCCAAUCGAUGGAAUAUGCCGGAGAACAAGACCAGAUCAAACUCUACAACUUUCUUGGUUACCUCGUGGACAACUUCACACCAUCAGGGAACCUUAUUUCUCAUAUCUUCCGAGACAAUGAAGUGUGCCGUGACACAGAAUGGGAAAGGUAUUUCUCCUAUGAGAACAUUGACGUACCUGAGAUCUACUCCGGCCCGCGGCUCACCUUCCCCCUUACUGUCAGCCAGGUAGCCGGGCUAGUGGAGGCCUUCAAAAACAAACAACAACUUCACUCCCGGUAUGUUCUUCAACUUCUCCUUGAGACUUGGAAACUUCUCCGAAUAUUGCCAAAUAUCAAUCGAGUGUCAACCUGUCAAAGCAAGGAGAUCACUAUCUGUGGUGAUUUACAUGGGCAACUGGAGGACUUGUUACUUAUAUUUUACAAGAAUGGUAUGCCAUCCCAGGGGACACCAUAUGUUUUCAAUGGAGACUUUGUGGACAGAGGCAAGGACUCCAUUGAGAUUCUCCUCAUCCUCUUCUCCUUCCUGCUUGUGUAUCCUGGUGAUGUGCACCUCAACCGAGGGAACCACGAAGACCAUAUCAUCAACCUAAGAUAUGGAUUCACCAAAGAAGUACUUGGAAAGUACAGGCUCCAUGGCAAAAGAAUUUUGAAACUUCUCCAGAAGAUUUUCAGUUGGUUACCCUUGGCGACUGUAAUUGAUCAGAGGGUGCUGAUUGUGCACGGAGGAAUCUCUGACACCACUGACCUGGCACUCAUUACAAGAAUUGACAGACACAGAUACGAGUCAGUUCUAAGGCCUCCAAAGAGAAAGAGUGCUCUGUCAGGGGGACAGUCAUCCCUGGACGACGACGAUUCUCUUUCAAACAUCAGUUUGCACAAUAGAAGACGUGCCUCAUUGACAAACGACAAACCCUUUGGCACUCGUGAUAGUUUCCAGCGACGGUCGCUGCAGGAUUUCUCUGCCACGGUGAACCAAACAGUGGAAGAGGAACAGGAGGCUAGACGGAGACAGGGCCCCAACCCCUUGAGCUCAGAGUCAGAAUCGGACUCCACCAGUGGCCCUGAUAACACCAAUGACGAGUGGAAACAGAUUCUGGACAUGCUGUGGAGUGACCCGAUGGCUCAAAAUGGCUGCUUCCCCAAUGAGCUGCGGGGCGGGGGCUGCUACUGGGGUCCAAAUGUGACGGAGGAGUUUCUGAGCAGACACAACCUCCAGCUCAUCAUCCGCUCUCACGAGUGCAAACAGGAGGGCUACGAGUUCUGCCACAACCGCAAGGUGCUCACCCUUUUCUCCGCGUCCAACUACUAUGAGGUUGGCAGCAACCGUGGGGCCUACAUCAGACUGGGUCCAAACCUUGUGCCUUAUUUCAUUCAAUAUCAGGCUAGUGAUUUGACACGGGAACUUACCCUCAAGCAAAGUGUGGGUCGAACAGAACGCUCUGCUCUCAAAGCCCUGAAAGAGCAACUGUUUGCAAACAAAUCUGGCCUCAUCAGUGCCUUCCAAGAAUAUGACAAAGACAACACAGGGCGCAUCUCCUUUAAUGACUGGGCCAAAGCGGUAGGGACGGUGCUGCACCUGGACCUGCCCUGGAGGAUGCUCCGCUCACAACUAGUCACUCUGACCCCAGACAACAUGCUUAACUACCACAGCUGGUUCAACGAGCUUUCCUGGAAAGGACGAAACACAGAGCAUGUAGAGCAGACUGUUUUGGACACUCUCUACAAACAUCGAUCCACUUUAGAGACCAUUUUCAGGAUAGUUGACACUGACAAUUCAGGAGUGUUAUCUUUUGAGGAUUUCCGUCAGACAUGGAGGCUACUUGGCGACUUUCUAAAAAUGCAGAUUUCAGAUGAGGCCAUUUCAGAUCUACUGGUGAGCAUUGAUACCAACAAAGACGGCAAUAUUGACAUUGAGGAGUUCAUGGAAGCUUUUCGCUUGGUGGAUCGACAUCGACUGGAGCGUGGGAACACUGUAUUCAUUACCAAAGACAAACUCUGACAAGACCAGAGACAAGACAAGACCAUUCUCUCAAUUGUGGAAAUAUAGAAAUGUACAGAAAAGCCGUUCUGCACUCUAAGUUUAUCCAUAUGUAAACAGGUUCACCAAGGUGAAAAAAAUGAUUUUAAAUAUUAGGCAGUAGCCAAUGCCGUGUGACCAUGAUACAUUUUGUAUCCCAAUAAAGUCUUCAGGAUUCAGUUUCACCCCCAAUAAUGCUGAAUGAGAGAAAUGAAACUUGAAGUUAACCCUAGAAAACUGUAAAAGAAAAUAAACACUUUUUAUAUCCAUAGGAGCCAUUUUAACAGUAAACAACAUUUGAAUGCUGAUAUGCUAAGGUAUUACUACUAAGUAGUAAAAGAAACAGACACUUCAAAAUGUCUUCAGAGCUCACUUGGUUAUGCAGUAGCUGGCAUAAAUGGAUUUAACAACCUUGAAAGUGUGAAAAGAUAUAAAACAAAAAAAGAACACAGCCAAGGUAACGCUGGUUCUGUGUUGUCCAUUAUUUUGAAAUAUUUAUUUCUUACCAAAAUGUUUAUGUUCCAUUUUGAAAACCAACUGAUAGAGAAAGUAAAUUAAGUGUAAAUCCAUUGAACCUUAUCAAUGCAAGAUUCAAUGUGUUCUGGAAUGUGUAUAAUUUCAAAGCCUUGACCUGAAUACAGCAAGAAAUUCCUCCUUACCAAACAGAAGUCAUGUUGUGAGUUUCCAAUGAACAUCUUUUCUGAAAGAGCAACAUGCUAAAAACCAUGCCAAAGUUCAGAUUUAGAAACACUAAUUAGUGAUAACACUCAUUAGAACAAGUUAGUUGAGUGCAGGUAAUUUCAACAGCUGAUGGUCAAAAUGUUUUGUUUUAUGUUAUAAAUGUGAUUCAAGCUCAUGUAUAUACUUAUGAAAUUAAUUAGGUUUUUGUGCUAAUGUUCAUUUUUUUCUUCAGCAAACACUUUGAAACAAACAUUUUGAGAAAUAAUGUUAAUCAGUUUUCAAUAAAUGUGUCCCCAGACCUC